GCUCACUAUGAAGGUGAGAGAGGUUGAGCUAACUGUUUUCCCUUUAUAUAUAGUACUAUAUGCAAUUGGAGAGCCAACAUAAGUUAAUUGAUUAAUUAGUAGAUGGCUGUAUGUGCACUGCACCUCCCAUAUAAUCAAUUAAACUUGAACAUUUGAUAUAUAUAUGCAUGGAUGCAGCAGCAGUGUUAGUGUUGGGGAUCUUGUUCUUUAAAGCAUUCUGUUCCAAUGGUACAAUUAAUAUUAUCGUAUCCAAGGAUGCAGGGAGUGGAGAUUAUACAAGUGUGGGUGAAGCUAUCAGAAAUGCCCCUGAUUGGAGUCACCAACCUUACAUCGUUCACGUUUUAGCAGGCAUUUAUGAAGAAUACAUCUUCAUUCCACCGAGUAAGAUUAAUAUUAAGCUCCUAGGUCAUGGUUCAAACCACACAAUACUUGUUGCUCACCAAAAUGGUUCCACCAUAGACAUUCGUGGAGAAGGGUUCAUGGCUCAAAACAUUGGAUUUGUGAACACAGCGGAGCUAGAUGCAAGCGCUGCAGUGGCCGUUCGGAACGAAGCAAACAACAGCAUAUUCUUCCAAUGCUCCAUCCAAGGAUUCCAAGACACCUUGUGGGCUGUUUCCGGUAGACAAUUCUACAAAAACUGUGAAAUAUACGGCACUGUCGACUUCAUCUACGGCAACGCUGCCGCUGUAUUUCAAGACUGCAUGGUUUAUGCACGCUAUAGACAGUUUGUGACAUUCACCGCACAGUCACGUGAAAGUCCAUAUGAAAAAACAGGUUUCACAUUCCAACGUUGUAAAUUCACAAUGUCACCUGAAGAUGAGAAGAGAAAGUCAGAGGUGCAUGCAACAUUAGGUCGUCCUUGGAGGGCAUAUUCAACAGUUGCUAUAUUGCAUUGUUUCAUAGAUUCAAUGGUUGAUCCAAGAGGUUGGGAAGGGAUGUCAGGUCUGGCCACUGAUAAAGUUACUUAUGUUGAGUUUGAGAAUGUUGGACCUGGAUCAAACACUGAUGGUAGAGUGGAUUGGCCAGGUGUUACAGUUCUUCGCAACCCAAACAAAGCACUCCCUUUCACUGCUUCCUAUCUCUUGGAUGCUGACUCUUGGAUUCCCUCUACAGGUGUUCCCUAUCAUAGUGGACUGUAAUAUUCUUGUAGUUUCAAGUUUUAUUUCACCUUUAUUUUUUACCUUCUUUUGUUAUUAGACCGUUAUUUACCCUACUCCAACAUAUAUGCUUUAGGAAGAAAAAAAUAAUUAAAUUUUUGCAAUUAUUACAUUUUCUUUUGAAUAAUUUGUUCAGUCCAAUUAUAUAGAUCAAUAUACUAUCAUU